AUGUGGAUAUUGGCUUUUAUCUUUUUCCAGUGCAUCUUGAAUGUUUUCAGUGAAGAUCUGCAUUCCAGUCUAUACUUUGUCAAUGCAUCUCUGCAAGAGGUAGUAUUUGCCAGCACCACAGGGACCUCGGUUCCCUGUCCUGCUGGGGGUGCACCACCUGCCUCCCUGCGGUGGUAUCUGGCUACCGGCGAGGAGAUCUAUGAUGUUCCCGGCAUCCGCCACGUCCAUCCUAAUGGAACCCUCCAAAUCUUCAACUUCCUGCCAUCCAGCUUCAGCAAGCUGAUUCACGACAACACAUAUUAUUGCACUGCGGAGAACCCCUCUGGCAAGAUUAGGAGUCAGGAUGUCCACAUCAAAGCUGUUUCGCGAGAACCCUACACAGUUCGAGUGGCAGACCAGAAGGCUAUGAGAGGCAGUGUAGCUGUCUUCAAGUGCAUUAUUCCUGCUUCUGUGGAGGCCUACGUCAGCGUUGUGUCAUGGGAGAAAGACACAGUUUCUCUCAGCUCAGGACCAAGAUAUCUCAUCACAUCCACGGGAGCCUUGUAUAUUCUAGACGUCCUGCCUGAGGAUGGCCUGAAUAACUACCGCUGCACAACACGGCAUCGCUACACUGGUGAAACCCGCCAGAGCAACAGUGCACGUCUCAUCGUGUCAGAUCCCACCAAUGCUGAGCCAGGAAUCUUGGAUGGCUUUGACCACAGAGAGGUGAUGAUUAAUCACCGGGUGGAGCUGCCCUGUAAGGCUUCGGGCUACCCAACUCCCAAAUACCGCUGGCUGAAGGACAACAGCCCUCUGGAGUCUGACGGCCGCUUUCGCCAGACCGUCUCAGGACUGCUGAUAGAAAGCACACAGCCCAGUGACACGGGCAUAUACGCCUGUGAAGUGUGGAACAGUUAUGGCAAUGCUGAGGUCAUGGGACGCCUAUAUGUCAAGCAGCCCUUGAAAGCGGUGGUCAGCCCUCGAAAGGUGAAGGGCAGUGUGGGCAGCAAGGUGUCUCUGUCCUGUAGCGUGAGUGGCUCAGAUGAGUAUGAAAUCUCAUGGUAUCGGAACGGUGAAAUCAUUUACCCUGGCAACAAUGUUCGCUUCACUGGGCUUAACCGGGAGAACCUCAUCAUGGAAGGAAUGUCAAAAAGUGAUGGCGGGGCUUACCAGUGCUUUGCGCGGAAGGGCAAGAUGUCUGCGCAGGACUUUGUGCAGGUUAUCCUUGAAGAUGGCACUCCAAAGAUCUUGGCCUCCUUCAGUGAGAAAGUAGUGAACCCCACUGAGCCCGUCUUCCUGGCCUGCACCGUUAAGGGCACGCCACCUCCCAGGUGCACCUGGUCGCUGGAUGAUGAUCCCGUCAUCAAGGACAGCCACCACCAACUGGGCCACUUCGAGAGCCACGAGGGCCAUGUGGUCAGCCAGCUCAAUGUAACACACACCCAAGUGCAAGAUGGUGGGUUGUAUCGGUGCACGUGCAGCAACUCAGCCGGGGCCGUGUACCACCAGGCUCGAAUAAACGUAAGAGGCCCUGCCAGCAUUCGCCCAAUGAAAAAUAUCACAGCGAUUGUUGGAAGAGAAGCCUUUGUCCACUGCCGUGUGAUUGGCUACCCCUACUACUCCAUAAAGUGGUACAAGAACUCUGCGCUGCUACCAUUCAACCACAGGCAGCGGGCAUCCGCCAGCAACGGUACUCUGAAGCUGAGCAACGUGCAGCAGGCGGAUGCUGGCGAGUACAACUGCAAGGUGAUGAUAGAGCCCAACAAGAUGGACUCCCAGAGUGUCCAUGUUCGCGUGAGAGUGCCCCCCUACAUCCAGCCCUUUGAGUUUCAGCGCUUCACCAUCGGCCAGCGGGUCUUCAUACCCUGUGUGGUCAUGUCAGGUGACCGGCCGCUGGACAUUACGUGGCAGAAGGAUGGAAGGCCAAUCCCCGCCAGCUUGGGUGUGACCGUAGACAACAUUGAUUUUACAAGCUCUUUGCGUAUCAACAACCUGACGCCUGACCACAAUGGCAACUACACCUGCAUUGCCCGCAAUGAGGCUGCUGCUGUGGAGCACCAGAGUCAGCUCAUUGUUAGAGUUCCUCCUCAGUUUGUGGUUCAGCCUGAGAAUCAGGACGGGAUCUACGGGAAAACUGUGACCCUCAACUGCUCUGCUGAAGGCUAUCCACCACCCACCAUUGUCUGGGAGCACUCCAAAGGUCCGGGUGUCCCCCAGUUCCAGCCCAUCCUUCUAAACAGCGGCUCUCGUGUCCAGCUGCUGAGCAAUGGCUCGUUACUCAUCAAACAUGUGCUGGAGGACGACAGCGGCUUUUACCUGUGCAAAGUCAGCAAUGACGUUGGAGCUGAUGUCAGCAAGUCCAUGUACCUCACCGUCAAAAUCCCAGCCAUGAUUACCUCCUACCCAAACACCACUCUGGCCACGCAGGGCGAGGAAAAGAGGAUGAGCUGCAUAGCUCGCGGGGAAAAACCCAUUAUGGUGCGCUGGGAGAAAGAGGAGCGCAUCAUCAACCCUGAGACCAGCCGAUAUGUAGUCACUGUCAAAGAAGUGGCAGACGAAGUCAUCUCUACCUUGGUGAUCAUGCCGACUGUACGUGAGGACUCUGGGUUCUUUUCCUGUCAUGCCAUCAACUCUUUCGGUGAGGACAGAGGCAUCAUACAGCUGACGGUACAAGAACCACCUGAUCCACCUGAGGUAGAAAUCCGGGAGGUUAAGGACCGCACCAUAGCUCUUCGCUGGACUAUGGGCUUUGAUGGCAACAGCCCCAUCACAGGAUAUGAUAUUGAGUGCAAAAACAAAUCAGCCUCGUGGUUAUCAGCGCAGGUAACCAAAGAUGUAUCACCACAGCUCAACCAGGCCACCAUUAUUGACCUCCACCCUUCGUCUACUUACAACAUCCGCAUGGUUGCCAAGAAUAUUAUCGGUAACAGCAACCCCAGUAAUGAACUCACCAUCACGACAGAUGAAGCAGCCCCUGAUGGCCCUCCACAAGAUGUCACUCUUGAGUCAACAUCGCCUCAAAGCAUCAAAGUUUCCUGGAAGCCUCCCCAGAAGCACCUACAGAAUGGUGUGAUUCGGGGGUACCAAGUAGGGUACAGGGAGUACAGCCCCGGUGGGAGCCACCAGUUUAGUAUACUCCCCGUGGAAACGACAGGAGACACCACAGAAAGCAUCGUGUUGGACAAUCUGAAGAAGUUCACUCAGUACAGUGUGGUGGUCCAGGCUUCAAACAGAGCCGGCACCGGGCCAUCUUCACAGCAGGUGGUCACCAAGACUCUGGAAGAUGUACCAUCUCGGCCUCCUGAAAAUGUCCUGGCUGUGGCCAAGUCCCCAGAGGUAAUUUCACUGUCCUGGAUGCCUCUACCAAGGGAUGCUCUCAAUGGAAACCUGCAGGGCUACAGGGUCAUCUACUGGGCUAACUUGCCUGAUGGAGAACUGGGAGAAAUUAGAAAUGUUACCACCAACCAGCCAUCUCUAGAACUGGACGGUUUGGAAAAGUACACCAACUACAGCAUUCAGGUCUUGGCUUUUACAAAUGCCGGAGAUGGUGUCCGCAGUGAACAGAUCUAUGUUCGCACAAAAGAGGAUGUUCCUGGUCCUCCAGCAGGGGUGAAGGCCGUAGCCUCUAGCAGCUCAGCCGUUUUCGUCUCCUGGCUGCCUCCACUCAAACUCAACGGCAUCAUCAGGAAAUACAUCGUCUUCUGCUCUAACCUGCAUCCGAUGGUGAUGAGCGAAUUUGAGGCUUCUCCAGAUGUAUAUUUCUACAGGAUCCCAAACUUGGCUCGAAACAGGCAGUAUAGUGUCUGGGUGGUGGCUGUGACGGCUGCUGGUCAUGGCAACAAGAGUGAGAAGAUCACAGUGGAGCCUUUGUCCAAAGCUCCAGCCAGGAUCCUGACAUUCAAUGGCACAGUUACCACUCCCUGGAUGAAGGACAUUGUUUUACCAUGCAAAGCGGUUGGGGAUCCUCCUCCUACCAUCAAGUGGCUCAAGGGAAACACAAACGGGACUCCCACACCUGUUGUGGUGGACGGUCGACGUAGUGCCCAUGGCAAUGGCAGUUUCAUCAUCCGUACAGUGAAAGCUGAGGACUCUGGGAAUUACAGCUGUGUGGCCGGCAACAGCUGGGGAUCAGAUGAGAUCACACUUAACCUGCAGGUUCAAGUCCCACCUGACCAGCCACGCCUCACAGUUACCAAGACAACCACCACAUCAAUUACUUUGUCAUGGAUACCUGGAGACAACGGAGGGAGCUCCAUCAGAGGUUACAUCUUGCAGUACUCAGAAGACAACAGUGAGCAGUGGGGCAGUUUUCCCAUCAGCCCCAGUGAGCGCUCAUACCGUCUGGAGAACUUAAAGUGUGGCACUUGGUACAAAUUCACCCUGACGGCCCAAAAUGCAGUAGGACCAGGACGCAUCAGUGAGAUCAUUGAGGCUAAGACCCAUGGGAAAGAACCCCAGUUUGCCAAAGAACAUGAACUCUUCACCAGCAUCAACUCCACCAGGGCUAGGCUCAACCUUGUUGGCUGGAACAACGGGGGUUGUCCAAUCACGUCAUUCAUACUAGAGUACAAAGCAGUGGACUCAGCCACCUGGACCACAACCCAGCGCACGACGCCGAUCAAAAGCUACAUACUGUACGAUUUGCAGGAGUCGACCUGGUACGAACUGCAGAUGAAGGUCACCAACAGCGCCGGCUCAGCAGAAAAGCGGGUCACCUUCGCUACUCUCAAUGCUGAUGGAAGUACCAUCCCCCCACUGCUGAAAACCGGAGAUCCCAUCUCAGACAACAUGUCAGGCAGCGGAGGUCUGAAAAUGGUGGUGACCAUCACCUCUAUUCUCGUGGUGGCUGUGCUGGUUUUUAUUAUGUUAAUGGUGCUAAAGAGGAGAAGGAGGGAGCAAAGGCUCAAGAGACUCAGAGAUGCCAAAAGUCUGGCAGAAAUGCUGAUGAGCAAGAACACACGGACGCCAGAUACGGUGAACAAGCAGCAGCAGACUUUAAGAAUGCACAUCGACAUCCCCAGAGCCCAGCUCCUCAUCGAAGAGAGGGAUACCAUGGAGACAAUCGAUGACAGAUCAACUGUGCUGCUGACAGACAAUGACUUUGGGGAGACCAACAAGCAGAAGUCUUCCACAGUAACCCACACAGUCCACUACCAGUCUCUGUCCCAGGCCACUGGCCCACUGGUAGACGUGUCCGAUGCCAGGCCUGGAACCAGUGAGUCCCAUCACCAUCCUACUGCCAGACGCACUGCCAAAGCUGGUCCUGCCGCAGCACGGAGCCGCUAUGCCAGCCAGUGGACUCUGAACCGGCCACAUCCCACCAGCUCCUCACACACCCUGACCACCGACUGGAGACUCCCCACACCGCGUGCCACUGGAUCUGUGGACAAAGAGAGUGACAGCUACAGUGUCAGCCCCUCACAAGAUACAGAUCGUGCGCGGAGCAGUAUGGUGUCAACAGAGAGUGCGUCCUCCACCUAUGAGGAACUGGCCAGAGCCUACGAGCAUGCCAAGAUGGAGGAGCAACUCCGCCAUGCCAAGUUCACCAUCACUGAGUGCUUCAUCUCUGACACUUCAUCCGAGCAGAUGACCGCAGGGACCAAUGACUACACGGACAGCCUGACCUCCAGCACGCCGUCUGAGUCGGGCAUCUGCCGCUUUACAGCUUCUCCACCUAAACCUCAGGAUGUCAGUAGGGUUAUGACCAUGGCCGCGCCCAAGGCGCACAGACCAGGAGGAGAGUUGGUCCAUUUGCCGCCCUACCUCCGUAUGGACUUCCUGUUGAACCGUGGAGCUGGUGCCAAUGCUACAGGUGAAACCAGAGGAGGUGGAGGAGCCAUGGGCCAAGCCUGCCUUGAACCCCAGCGGAGCCGUACCUUAAAGAGGCCACCCCCUAUGGAGCCCACCCCCAUGGAAGUGCCCUCUCCCAGGGAGGUGCAGCAGUGGCAACCAGGAACUGCCUCCACCCUCCCGCACAGGGAUGUCCGGGAGAGGGGAGAGGCCCGAGGUGAGGUCCGCGGAGGGGUCACGUCCUCAGGAGAUCUAGCCCAAGCACAGGCUGCCAAGCUCAGCACUUCACAGGAGUCACUGCUGGACUCCAGAGGACACCUGAAACAGAGCAACAACCCCUAUGCCAAGUCUUACACUCUGGUAUAA